AUGGCAGCUCUUCUCCAUCCCUUCGGCAGAUCAGAGAUGGCUGCCCUCCUCCGGCACUCCAGCCUCCGCAACACCAUCCACACACUCUACAUCUCUCUCAACAGCAGCAGCGACUAUCAGAAUUCCUCAGUUAACGAUUCGCUCAGGACACAAGCCAUUCAGAGAGGAUUUAAGAUUUUCUCAGCAGCAGCUGCUGGAGGAGGGAGGGGGCGUGUGAGAACGUACCGCCGGUGCCUCUACUGCGACCACGGGCAGGCGGGCAUCCAGCUCCUGCGUCCAGGGAACCUCUUUCCAGAGACUCUGAACAACAUGAUGGGGCACACCUUCAAGGUGGUGGCGCUGAGCUACUUCCCGCUGGUGGAGUACAAGAAGGUCAGCAACGACCCCAAGGACCUGCUGGAGCACGCUGACGCUCUCAACACCCGCAUGAUCGACAUCAUGGCUCGUCGCUUCAACUUCACGUACGAGAUGAGAGAGCCGUGGGAUGGUUUAUGGGGGACCCCUACGAGCGGCGGCAACUGGUCAGGGAUCGUAGGCACUCUCCAGCACCAGAUGGCAGACUUCUCCAUGGACCUCACACCUUCAGACGCCAGGAUGGAGGUCAUAGACUUCUCCAAGACUUACGUCUACGACCCGCUGAUAAUAAUGUCGCUCCAGCCCAGUCCCUUGCCUCGUUCCUUGGCUCUGAUCAGGCCAUUUACAGGACCAGUGUGGGUGAUGACGGUGGUGUUCACCUUCGCCACGGGCGUGUGUCUGUGGGUGCUGCAGAAGGCGUGGGCGUGGGUGUCAGGGAGGCGGAGCCCAGACCUCCUCUCUCGGGUCUUCUACAUCUGGGGCGUCCUACUGGAGAACGAGCCCACCGGCCCGCCCGCCACCAUCAACGGCAAGAUGUUGGUUGGUUGGUGGCUGGUAGGGUGCCUGGUGCUGGCCACCGCCUACCGCUCCUCCCUCGUCGCCCACCUCUCCGUCCAGAGCAAGAACAAGCCCAUCAACACCCUGGCAGACAUUCUCAACCAGAAGGGCUGGUCCUGGGGAGCUCGACUCAUGAAGGGAACAACAUUCCUCUAUUUUAACCAAAGUACCGAUCCGGUCCUCGUCAAAAUACACCAGAAAUAUGAGAUCUAUAAUAACAUACAAGAUGCUGCGAAGCGGGUGUUAGCCGGUCGUUUCUCGUACAUAGCCUACAAGACGGACAUCCUCAACGAGAUAGCCCCGCUCUACGUGGACAAGUACGGUAACACGCCCCUCUACUUCAGCACCACAGAGUAUAACCUCUUCGGUGGGAACGCUUGGGGCUUCAGGCAAGGCGCUCCGAUUAUCGGCCAAAUCAGGAAGAUGAAACAGAGGAUGAUCGAGGCUGGUCUGAUCGACUACUGGCUUCAGGACCUGUAUCACGCAGAGAACAAACACAUCAGAGAAACACUCGGGAAGAACAUUACAGUGCACAUUAAGAUUGAAGACAAACAAGUGUUGGGAAUGGACCACCUCCAGAGCGCCUUCUAUCUCUGGUUACUAGGCUGCACGGCAGCUUUCCUCGCCUUACUGGUGGAGAAGUUUGCCCACUGCCAAGUCAACCUUCGACCAUCGCAGCAGUGA